AUAUGCCAUCCCUAUCCAAAUUUCAAAGCCAAUUUAGUUUGUGUUUUUUGUUAAUUAUAAUAUUUGUGAUUUUUUUUAAUAACAGCGAUGGGCAAAAAACGUAGCACACCCAGCGACCAAAAAGAAAACUCUGGGAGUAGCGACGAGGAUCCAAAAAUGCCUGAAAAGAAUGCGCCUGACCUCGAAAAGAGGAAUCGAAAAGAACCACGGUACAUUUCGAGUUCAUCUUCCAGCAGCGAGAGUAGUAGCAACAACGACGUAUCAAACACCGCAGCGUGCAAAAAGCAAAAACGCACUAAAAAAACUAAUCGCAGCACAGAAGGCGCUGAAGAAAUACAAGAAAAACGGAUCAGAAAUAUAGAGAAGCAGUCUGAGCCAAACAGCCAGAGGGUGCAAGAGCAACGCUCGAAGUGGGACAGUCCCGACCGUGGCAACGGCGGACAGCGUCACAAUUCCCAUAGAAACACAAAACAACGCAGACACAGUCGUAGCUGCUCGCGAGAGCGGGAAAGGGAACGCGAGAUAGGAAGAGAACGCCACAGAGACAGCGACCGUGACAAUCACAUGCGCCGCGAUCGCAUCCGACGGGAUCAAAGGGAGCGUUCGCCUGUGCAACGACAACGCGCACGCAGCAAUGAACGGAGGGAGCGACCGCGGCGUUCCCCCGAAAGGCGUCCAGAGCGGCGCAGUCGUAGUCGCAGUCCCCGCGAUCGAUCAAACAGAGACGGACGGGACUUUGUGCGUCGUAAAGAGCAGCGCCGCGAAAAUCGUAGCCGAGGAGACGACGAACACUUUGAGUGGGGCAGGAAGGGCGAAGACAAGGCGCCGCCGGAUGAGGAGCCUGUCGAAAAGGAGAAACCCAACUUCGGUCUAAGCGGAGCUCUCACCGAGGACACCAACAAGGUUAAUGGAGUUGUUGUCAAAUACUCUGAGCCAGUCGAGGCUCGCAAGCCGAAACGUCGCUGGCGCCUGUACCCGUUCAAGGGCGAAACAGCACUGCCUACCCUGCACAUACAUCGCCAAAGCUGUUUCCUGGUGGGCCGCGACCGCAAGGUGGUCGACCUGGCGGUAGAUCAUCCUAGCUGCUCCAAGCAGCAUGCCGCCCUGCAGUACAGGCUGGUGCCCUUUGAGCGCGAGGACGGUAGCCAGGGAAAGCGUGUGCGUCUCUACCUCAUCGACCUGGAAUCGGCCAACGGAACGUUCCUAAACAACAAGAAAAUCGAUGGUCGCAAGUACUACGAACUGAUGGAGAAGGAUGUCAUCAAGUUUGGCUUUAGCUCCCGCGAGUACGUUUUGCUUCACGAAAACAGCAAAGAGGACCAGGAGGAUGAUGACGUGCAUAUCAAGGAAGAACGUUUGGAUGUACCUUCUGAGGAAGUUAAUCCCUAGAGCAGCCCCUCAGCAAUUGUCUCGGCUCAUAACUUUUCGUUAGGGGCGAGCAUUUGACCCUUUCAUCAUGUACAAUUUUUAUUUUUCGCACCUUGGCUGAUAUCAGUAUACAUUUAUUGAAAUAACACGGUUCUGCGUGCCCACUGCCAACAAAAUCGUAAAUAAAUUU